AUGUCAGCCAAGUCUAGUUCGCGCCAUUUGUCUGCUUCCGAUCCUGCUGAAACUAAAACAGAAUCCACUCACGAUUCGUGUGAAGUUCCAGUUAUCGCUAAGCCCACUGAAUUACGCGACCUUCUCUCAGCUGCCUAUCGUCUACUCUCGGUUCGACUGCCUUCCGUAAACAGAGGCUCAACUGCCCCAUCAAAAUCUAUCAGGUCUAUUAUGUCAUCUGCCCCCAGUUUAGCAGAGCUGCAGGCCUGUAUACAUAUCUACUUGGCCAAUCCUGACACAGAGGCGAUCCUAAUGCGCCGAAUCGAAGCCUGUGUGCUGACCAAAUGGGCUCAAGUCGCACAUUUGAUAGCCAAUAGCUAUUCAGAUGAGGAGAGAAUGAUCAUCGCCUGCCCAUCAAUUAAUCAGGUGACUAAUUAG